GCGGCGUUGGUCGGGCGGAGGCCGCAGCAGAGGCGCCAUGGACAGCGGCGGGCGGCCUUCGGCGAUCCAGCUCAUCCUGCUGGGCACCAGCUCGGCCGUGGCCGCCGCCCUGUACUCCGUAUAUCGGCACAAGGCCCAAGCAGCCCGCGAGCUCAAGGGAGCCAAAAAAAUUCACUUGGGUGAAGACUUGAAGAGUAUUCUCAUUGAUGCUCCAGGGAAGUGCGUGCCCUAUGCUGUCAUUGAAGGAGCUGUGCGUUCUGUUAAGGAAACUCUUAACAGCCAAUUUGUAGAAAACUGCAAAGGAGUAAUUCAGAGACUGACCCUCCAGGAGCACAAGAUGGUGUGGAAUCGGACAACCCACCUCUGGAAUGAUUGUGAAAAAAUUAUCCACCAGAGAACAAAUACAGUACCCUUUGACCUGGUGCCCCACGAGGAUGGCACAGGUGUGGCAGUCCGAGUUCUGAAGCCCCUGGACUCUGCUGACCUAGGCUUAGAGACCGUCUAUGAGAAGUUCCACCCUACAAUCCAGUCCUUUACUGAUGUGAUUGGCCACUACAUCAGUGGGGAGCGACCCAAAGGCAUCCAAGAGACAGAGGAGAUGCUCAAGGUGGGGGCCACCAUCACUGGCGUUGGGGAACUGGUCCUAGACAACAAUUCCAUCCGCCUGCAGCCCCCCAAACAGGGCCUGCAGUACUACUUGAGCAGCCAGGAUUUCGACACCCUCCUGCAGCGGCAAGAAUCCAGCGUCAAGCUCUGGAAGAUCCUGACGGUCAUCUUUGGCUUUGCUACCUGUGCCACUCUCUUCUUCAUCCUUCGGAGGCAGUACCUACACCGGCGAGAAAGGCAGCGCAUGAAGCAGAUGCAGGAGGAAUUCCGGCAGCAUGAAGCCCGGGUCUUGAGGGCAGCCAGUGCUGAGGAGAGAGAGACUUUAAAAAAUGCCUGUGUUGUGUGUCUGAGCAGCACCAAGUCGUGUGUCUUUCUGGAGUGUGGCCAUGUCUGCUCAUGCAGCGAGUGUUACCAGGCCUUGUCUGAGCCAAAGAAGUGUCCCAUUUGCAGACAGGAGAUUGUCCGGGUAGUUCCCUUAUACAACAGCUAACUGUUCAUGGAUUUGGAGUUUAUUGUGGAAGUGGUUCUCCUUUUCAAUGGAUUUUACCAGUCCCUUCGAGAGACAGGGACACUUUGGUGGUAGCUACUUGUAACCAACAGGCGUCAUCAAGGGGUGGGAGGGAGAGAGCAAAAACUUCCCGAUCUGUUAAAUACAGCAGCAAAGAUUGGACACUUUAAGGCUUGAAGGAUUAUGCUUUAAAUCAAAAAGCAAGAGAGCCAAAGGUCCAUCCAAUGGGUGGGUGUAGCAAAGCCAACUGUAUUUUUUCUGCUGUUUUUCAGACACGGGGGUUCUGGUGUGUGUGUUGUUUGUGUUUGUAUGUAUGAGAGAAAAGUCACCAGACUCCCUAAACUUCACAACCAGUUCUCUCUUUAA